CUCCCCCCCUCUCUCUCUCUCUCUCUCUCUCUCUCUCUCUCUCCACACACGAGAUCAAAGAGAUACGCCGGGUACAUGAAGAAAUCGAAGAUCGCCGGUGAAAUUUCCGUCAUGAGUGUCUCUCAGCCGACAACCACUUUCGGGUUUCGCACCAGAGCCGCCAAAAGCCUCGCCCUGCAACGCCUCCGCUCUCUUUCGCCGUCUCCGGCUGCCGAAGACGACUCCUUCCGUUACCUUCAGCUCCGGAGCCGCCGUCUCGUCAAGCUUCCGUCACCAUCAGGGACGAGGAAACAACCGCAGCAGCAGUUGAGGCAGAGUCUCUGUCACGGUGAAACCAGAAACCCCAAGGAUAAGCCCGGUCCGGCGAAAUCCGGGUCGGAUUUAGUUGCUCCGGUGCCGGAAAAUGAAGGGCACUUCGGUGAUAACGAGGGGAUUGGUGGGUCUGAUGGUAAUUUAGGCGAAGCUUCGUCUGGAGAGAACAGUAUCGAUUUCGAACCGAAAGACAGGAGCACGAGGGAAAGCACGCCAUGUAACUUGGUCUCAGAUACCGAAGCCAUUGGAACGCCUUGUUCCUCCACGAGGCGGAUAAGCCCUGUCCGAACCCGCGAAAGAGCUCGUGAUGGUUCGCUUGGGAUUGUUCCUUCGUCUCGUGAGAUAGAAGAGUUCCUUGAAUCUGCUGAACAGCAAGAACAACGAUUCUUUAUACAGAAGUAUAAUUUCGAUGUCCUGAAUGAUGUUCCAUUACCUGGGCGUUACGAAUGGGUUAAAAUGGUGCCAUGAAUGGUACUGAGAGAUGCAGCUUUGGUAGAAUAUAUUACGCUUUCUGUAUGUAAAUAUGUGUAAUUUAGGGAGAUCUGUAUACCUUUAACAGAGCCUCGCAGACUAACAAGAGCUUAGUUAGGGUUUAGGCUUUAAGGUUCAGAGAUUUGUCUUUCUGGUGACAAAGUUCUCAUGUACUGCCGCUAACUUGUUAAUGUAAUGUGAAUCCUCACUUGUUUCACAAGAAAGAAGUUCCUAGAGA